AGUACAUUUGUCUACUUGUUUUAGCAUUUCAUCUCAAAAGAAGUCAAAGUGAUUCAAUCAAUGUUCAAAGAGUCAAACCAAAAACCCCAAUUGAACACCGAAAAAUCUCACCACCAUGUCCACUUCUUUCCUCCAAUCUCCACCAUUCCUCACCACCAAAAAAUUCACAACCAGUAAAACCGUCGAUCCCAAACAUCUCCGCCGAAGUCUCCGCCCUAUAAACUCCCUCAACAGCCCCAAAACACCAAACCCCACUACCUCAAACAAUGUCCAAAACCUCCUCACCACCCUCACUAAACUCUUAUGGUCCAAAACCCUCCCACCCCAACUCCUCAUCUCCACCGUCCGUUCCGUCUGGACCACCACGUGGCUUAUUAUGAUGUCCCAGCUCGCCCCUUCUGACCCCACUGGCAGUUACUCCAGACCCACCUCCCAAUUUCGCGCCAAUGUUAACCAACUUUCCCGCCAUAACCUAACUACUCUCCAUCUCUACGUGGGUCUUCCUUGCCCUUGGGCGCAUAGGACCCUCAUUGUUAGGGCACUUAAGGGCCUUGAGCAGGUCAUUCCAGUGUCGGUAGCCUCGCCUGGUGUCGAUGGGUUGUGGGUGUUUGAUGGGGUGAUGGGGACUGAUGAUAAUGCUAAUGGGUGUAGGACUUUGAAGGAGGUUUAUAAGCUUAGGAAAGAUGGGUAUGAUGGGAGGUCUACUGCGCCUAUGUUGUGGGAUGUGGAAAAGAAGGAGGUUGUGUGUAACGAGAGUUAUGACAUUAUCCAAUUGCUCAAUUCUGGGUUUAAUAAAUUGGCCGAUAAUCCUGGUUUGGAUCUCGAACCUCCCUCUUUGAAGGGAAGGAUUGAAGAGUGGAAUCGCGUUAUUUAUCCUUAUGUGAACAAUGGGGUCUAUAGAUGUGGGUUUGCUCAAACUCAAGAGGCUUAUGAUGCGGCAGUGAGUGACUUGUUUGGCACACUAGACACGUUGGAUGAUCAUUUGGAGAGUUCCCGAUACCUUUGUGGAGAUUUAUUGACAAUCGCUGAUGUCUGCUUGUUCACUACCUUAAUAAGAUUUGAUCUUGUUUAUAAUGUUAUGUUCAAAUGCACAAAGAAGAAGAUAGUGGAAUAUACCAAUCUUCAUGCAUAUAUGCGAGACAUUUAUCAGAUUCCAAAGGUUGCUGAAACCUGCAAUUUGAAAGCUAUGAUGGAUGGGUACUACAAUUACCUGUUUCCACUGAAUCCAGGCAAUAUCCGACCUAUCAUGCCAUCUGGUUGUGAGCACGAAGCUCUCUUCAGACCGCACAAUAGGGAGUCAUUAUCAUCAGCUGAUGAAAACUUGCAUGCCACUAUAUGUUGAUUGAUCAGUGUGUGUAAAGUGUGAGUAUACUAAAUGUAGAUGACGGAGCUUGUUUUUCUAUUCUACCAUAUUAUAUUUAUGGUGUUAUUGUGCAUAAAGCAGGAACAUAAAUGUGUACAGUUUCAUUUUUACUCUGCCCUCCUUGAGCUAUUGUGUAAUGACCUACCAUAUAGACUUCUCAAGGAAAGCAAAUUUUUGUGUGAAUCAGAGACUUGCUAAACUUUAUGAGCAAAGCCAUGUUAGUUUUGGGUCAAGCA